CUCUUGACCUCUAUCACUUCCACUUACAGGUAGCAUAUAUCCCUUGUUCCCUCUAUUCUUAUAUCUCUAUGCUUUUAGCACUUCCUUCAUUUUGAAACAAAUGUGUACUGAAGUGUUAGAGAAAGAAGGGGUAACGAAAUCAAGAGUAGAAAGUGCAGUCAAUACGUUAUUGUCGUUUAUUGUCAUCGUCUGUGUUGGAACUUUUGUCAAUUAAAAGGUUAAGUUUAGCUUAUCAUCACGGGUGCGGAACAGUCAUAUAUGUCCAUCCCUAAGAUGGAAAAAAAUUUAUUCAACUUGAAGUUUGCGGUGAAGGAGUUGGAGAGAGACUCGAAAAAAUGCGAGAAAGAGGAGAAAGUAGAGAAGGGAAAGAUCAAGAAGGCGAUACAGAAGGGUAACAUGGAAGGUGCUCGCAUCCAUGCGGAGAAUGCAAUUCGACAGAAGAACCAGGCUUUGAAUUACCUGAGGAUGAGCGCCAGAGUGGAUGCGGUAGCCAGUAGAGUACAGACUGCUCUGACGACUCGCAAGGUUACAAAAUCCAUGGCUGGUGUUGUCAAGGCUAUGGAUGUAGCUAUGAAAUCGAUGAAUUUGGAAAAGAUCUCAGGACUUAUGGACAAAUUUGAGAGCCAAUUUGAAGAUUUGGAUGUGCAAAGUUCAUACAUGGAAAAUGCAAUGUCGCAAACCACAACUACUAAUGUACCUCAGAAUGAUGUAGAUUCCUUAUUGCAGCAAGUUGCGGAUGAAGCUGGAUUAGAACUAAAUAUGGAACUACCAUCUGGUCAAUUAGACAGUAUUGGUACUUCGACAGCAGUCAGCCAAGAGCAGGAUGAACUGACACAGAGAUUGGCACGACUCAGGGAGUAAUGGCACAGUGCUUUAAUGUAUUCAUUAAUAUAUUUGUUAUAUGUACAUUUUGUGAUUCAGAUGAUUUACAAAGUAUAUAUAUAAUUCCUAAUUGCUAUAACACUAUAUUCUCUGUGGUUUGUGAGGAUGCUGGAGUUGAGGCAAAUAAAAGAGAUAUAAAAAGUCUUUA